GCACGGGUUAACCAACGGUCAGCUUUGUGACUGCAAUAUGCAAAAUGUACCAAGUACUCAGUUGGCCUAUUGUCGUAGCGUCGUUGGGAGAUGAUGUCGCCGACCUCUUGAAAACCAUCCAUAGAGGAUGGGUCUCGCGAUCGUCGCCCGGGAAAAUCGUCACGUUCCUCUGGCGUGUAAAGAGCCAAUUUGGAGCAAUGAAAGACUGGGUAGAUGGGCAAGUGGGCGGGCACCUGAAUGGUGAAGGAAGGUCCCUCAGGUUCAUCCCAAGCAGGUGCCAAGAUCGGCCAAGGCCCCAUCCAUUUCGGGAGGAGCUUGCGAGAGAUAUCUUGUUCAAGGCUGAAUUCCGCGGCGGAACCCAAACGAGAUCACCGACGCGGUGUGAGGAUACCCGGGGAGGGGCUCCUGCUGUUCGUUGUAGCCAAGGGCCACGGCGCCUGUCACUCGUCGCGCCCGCUUCCGAGGUCUUCAGCGAUCUGCAGGGUGAGAAGAGGUCGUAACGCCCGUUGAUCAUGCGUCACCACAAAACCUCGUUCAUUAUGACUAACAAAUGCAGCAACAAGUG